AUGCCCACGGAUGACUGGUUCAAAGAGGUCAGGCCAGUUAGCGCACCUUAUCUGGGCGGCAAGAAAGACAUGCACUACUGGGACAAUCUGAGUGCCAGGGCCUGCCGCUUGGGUCAGCUGGUGAUUCAGUCCGGUGAUUCAUCAGACUGGGAAUUUUUGGCCACUCCCCCACAGAUGCUGGACAAAAGUGGCGAUUUGAAGCUGGGCAAGAUUGGCAGGACUGUCACCUCACUGGAGGACCUCAGCUACUGGAGAGAGUACAGUUAUGAGAUCACAGCGGGUGCAUCGGCGCCUGAUUUGUCCCUGGAUGCCAAAGCGGCAAGCCAGGAAGCACAGGGCUUUGUGCUGAAAAGCCUCGACUGGCAGACGCUGGAUUGGAGUCCCAGCACACCCCUCGAACACUACUCGGAAGACCUGUGCAAACUGCUCAAGGAGCACUGUCCCUACUGGCAGGGAGACGGGCCCCAUGCGAUGACUAAAGCGCGCAUGGGAGUUGUGGCGGGAAUAAUCACAGCGACAGGCGGGUGCAUGUUUACCGGGGGCCGGGCCACACUUCAGGCAGCUGGGAAGCUGAAGCUGAACGGUCAUGGGGUGCCCAUUGACGCGCAUGCCGGCUGGAGCGUAGUGGCGUAUGCAGUCAAGGAGAUUGACUGGAGCAUGCCAGCGCACCCCAAAAUCAGCUCCAAGUUUGUGUGCAGUCCACCUCAGCAGGCCGACAAGAAGAGCAUGAUCCCCUCAGUCUGGGGGGUCCCGGAACGCCACAGCUGCAAAUGCUGCUGA